GUUGUGAACGCAGCCCAGCGGGGGCUAACCUACUUCACCACUACGUCAUUUCCCUCAUAGAGCCUUCUCUGGGAGUUUUGUCCAAGAUGGCGGCUGCUCAGUUGACUGAUGAGGAGCUUUUCUCCGAGUUAAAGCGCUUUGGUUUCACUCCAGGUCCGGUCACCGAAAACACUCGUCCUGUGUAUUUGAAGAAACUGAAGAAACUUCGCGAAGAGCAGCAGCAGCGGGGAUCCAGGUCGGGGAAAACACGCAGUAGCGGCGGCAUCAACAGUACCGCAGGCGGCAGUAACACGGCGGGAGCCAGGCCAGCCAGCCAUGACGUCACGCACCUGAGCUCCAGCAGGAGACCGGGCCGGAAGUCCUCUGUCCUCGGCUUCAGCUCUGACGAAUCUGACGCUGAAACUCCACUGAAAAGAAGAGGCCUCAACCACAGUGGCACGAGAGACCAAGGCUCCAGGUUUCAACAAACACCACAGACUAGGCCUACAGGAACACCCAGCGCGGCUAGAAAGAGUCACGGAGGAGCUGGGAGUACCGCGAACAGUAACAAGUCCUCCCCGACUCCGGACGGAAAAAGAAGCGGCUCUCUGGGCUGGGAGGAUCGGGCUAAAUCCAGCCCCGGUGUGGGGAGGUGGGCUUACGAGGAGCCGGGAGAGGAAGACGGUGAUGUGGGGGAAGCAGAGCAAGAUUCUCGCUCUGUAAAUGGAAACAGGGCGUCUUAUUUGAAUACGAGUAAGCUAGCCGGAGAUUACUCAGAUUCUGACGAGGAGGAGGACGGAGGCCUGGGUGCCUUAGAGAGACAGCGGGAUCGGCUGGCGUCCAGACGGAGCCACUCGAAAACCUCGUCCCCUCCCUGCAGCGUCGGCCGGGGUUCUGAGACGGGAGGAGCAAACAGAACAGAUGACCCGCCAGGGAGUCUGGACAUGGUGGGAGACCGGGAGGAGGGGGAGGGCAAAAGGAAAAGGGGAGAAUCGGCCUCGUCUUGCGGCCUGCUGAGCCGCGGUUUCCCCAGGAGGUCCAUCUACGUGUCCCUCACUGGGGACCACGGCGGUGAAGCCAGCAACAAGAAACACAUCGACGGCGAGGAGGGAACCUCCUCCAGCAACGUUAGUAGGUUCAGUAUUGGCCUGAGACCCCGCUUUUCUAACUACAGCAGCCUGUCCCAAACCUACCGGGCCAACCACUCCAACCACACUGGCCCUAACCAUUCUUACAGCCAGGCAGUGCUGAAACAGAAGCUGUCCGUCCCGGAGGAAGAGCUGCUCCAGCAGUUCAAAAGGGAAGAAGUAUCCUCCUCCGGUGGCUUCAGCGCCCACUACUUGUCCAUGUUCCUGCUGACGGCCGCAUGCCUCUUCUUCCUGCUGCUGGGUCUCAUGUACCUAAGAAUGAGCGGCUCUGGAUCCCCGGAGGUGGAUGUUGUCAUUAAGAACCACCCUUUUGGCAGUGAGUUUGACAGUUCUUAUAACAAGACGACCAAGGAUCUCAUUCUCAAGCUCUUGCUGAACCUACAUGACCACCUUGCCCACAUUGCUGGCCAGCAUGACUGUGGGAACCAGCAGUAUCCAAACAGGAGUCUGUCCAUGAAAGAGGCUUUAGAGUAUUUGGAGGGUCAGGACCAGGAGUUUGACAACUUUGUUUAUGAGUCUCUGCAGUGGAUCCUCACGACAGGCGAGGAUGUUGGGAUAAGGCUAAUGGGGCAGAAUGACGAAGAACCAGUGACUGAUGUGAAUGAGAUCUCUUGGCUGGAAUCCACCCAUCCCAAGAUGUCCUUCAUCUGCCGCUUCCGCCGUGCCUUCCUCACCGUUGUCACCCGAGUCUUCCUCAUUGCAGCAGUGGUGGGCUGUUUGUGGGGUCUGGUCUACUACAUGAAGUACCGCUGGAGGAGGGAUGAGGAGGAGACCAGGCAGAUGUAUGACAUGGUGGAGAGGAUCAUUGAUGUGUUGAGGAGCCACAGUGAGGCAUGCCAGGAGAACCAGGACCUGCAGCCCUACCUGCCCAUUCCUCACGUCAGAGACUCCCUGGUCCAGCCUCAGGACCGAAAGAAAAUGAAGAAGGUAUGGGAGCGGGCCGUGAGUUUCCUCGCGACCAAUGAGUCAAGGAUCCGGACUGAGGCUCAGCGGAUUGGCGGGGCAGACUUCCUUGUCUGGAGGUGGAUCCAGCCUUCGCUCAGCUGUGACAAGAUCUCCUCGAUUCCCUCUAAAGUAUGGCAGGGAAAAGCAUUCCCUCUAGACCGGAGGAACUCACCACCCAACAGCCUCACACCCUGUCUGAAGAUCAGAAACAUGUUUGAUCCAGUCAUGGAGGUUGGGGAGAACUGGGACCUGGCCAUACAUGAGGCCAUCCUGGAGAAGUGCAGUGACAACGAUGGCAUCGUCCACAUUGCUGUUGACAAGAACUCACGUGAAGGUUGUGUCUAUGUGAAGUGUCUCUCUGCAGAGCACUCAGGGAAAGCCUUUAAGGCGCUUCAUGGCUCCUGGUUUGAUGGUAAACUGGUAACGGUGAAGUAUCUUCGUUUGGACCGAUACCAUCAGCGGUUCCCUCAGGCCCAGCACUGCAGCACACCCCUGAAGGCCUCCAGCUCUCACAUGAACACCAUCAGCAGCACAAACACCACAUCCUGCUUGCAGCAGCACAGCUCAGCCAACUCCCUGGGCUUCUCCUGAGGGGACACCCCAGCAUGAAAAAGAUCAUGCUCCUGUUUGUGCAUAGUACCACACCACCAGUCUGCUGCUCCUCCUUCACCCAUCCCACUUUUUAACAGGAGGCGUUCCGGGAAAGUUUCUGCCAUGGGGUCAGAAUGAAAUUCUUCCUCGUCAUGGGAGCACUGACAUUUUUUUGUUUUUGUUUUUGUUUUUUUCAUAAGUCUGUUAUUUUGGAAAGCUGGAAGUUUUGGAGCUGUGGAUAUUGUCUCCUUUAUUGUUUUCCUAUGUCUUUGUAUUGCAAAUGUUAUAGAUUUAACAAAGUUCAGAUGGCAUAUCUAAAAGAGAUGUGCAACAGAGAGACUCCAUCAACCCCCCCCCCCCCCCCCCCCCUUUUUUUUUUUUUUUUUAUUAAAGCAAUUGGUCUCAUGAUGGAGCUACUUUUGGCAAUACAUGGAAAUAGCUGCAUGUACCAGUGAAAAUAUGCCUCUAUUUAAGCUUUGAAUUAUAACAUAUAAUGUGGAUGUUAAUUUCUUGGAGAUCUGAGGAGAUGUUUGAGGUAGUAUACUCAUUUUUUCAGUACAGCAAGGAAGGCUUUUACAAACACUUGGAUGGGAUGCUGUAAAUACAUGUGAAUGGUGGUGGUAAUAUUGGAUCAUCUGUAUUAAAAGCAAAACCAUAAGCUCUCGUUUUUCUCGCUGCUCAAUACUCAGAACUGACUGCUUCUGUAUCCAGAGGCAAAAGCUUACCAAGAUGACACCAGAAAUACAAAGAUUAUAGAUAUAGCUUGUGGAAAAGGGGGAACAAUGCAGGCAUUCGCUUAGCCAUAGUAUUUCUGGCAUGCUUUAGUGUAUUUCAUUUAUGGCCCUCCCCAUUUAUCAGUCACCUGAAGCUCUUCCAUGUGGUUUAUUGUCCAAUAUAUUCCCAUUUUGUGGUGGUAUUUUAAUGCUUAUUAUUUACCUGUUUCUUCCAUCCUUGUAGACAUCCUUGCUUGAAGUGUUGGAUAAUUUUGUGCCAGAAAUUGAAUUUGAUUUCAAGACAUCCAUGUGAUGGAGCGAUAGGCUCAUUGGUUCCCCUCGAGCGUGGCCAUCUGCGUGUUAGUGUACAUGAUCAGUAGUUCCAGAAGAGCACAUAAAGUUGAGCUUAUAUGUCAGGCUCAUAUUUGUUGGUCAUUUCACUUUGUUCAACAGACAUUUCCUGCCAUGAUGAAAACCGACUAAGUGGUUCUGAUUAUAAUCCAGCCACGUUGUCAAAUCUAGAUGUAAAGUCCUGUUUUUCCCCCCUUGGUUUGAGUAUUAUUCAGAAAGAAAGGAUGCAACCAACCAUAUCUGGGAGUAUUGUGAGAAGAAAUAAGAUGAUAUAAUUUGUAAUAUUCAACUCCUACGUAUUGCAGCACCCUGUAAGAAGAUUAAACAUAUAGAUAACUGAUUGCUUGUACAUUUUUAUAGGGCCCAUAUAUUCAGAAAACACUAAAUAUCAGAGUUACCCGAUACCAGUAGGUUUCUUUUUUGUUUUUGUUUUUUUGGAAAUGCAGUGUAUUGAAAGUUGGAUUCAGUAUUUGCAGUGGAAAAUUGUACAAAUAAUACAUAUUUAAAAUGUUAUAAACCUGAUGCAAACUUAUUGCAGCAGACGACCUAAUUGUGCCUUAACUUUGUGCUUUUUAAACUGACUGGCACUGCAUCGCUGGAGAAUGCAUUGGGUUUAUAAAAAAAAAACAAAAAAAACACAGAUACAAUCGUUUAAAGAGCAAGUAAGGCCUGCCAUAGAUGUAUUUUUACAAAAAUUUCCAGAUAUCUUCAUAUCUUCAUAUUGGUUCUACUGUAGUGCUUUCCUUUGAUACUCUACCAGAUGCUUCUCUGGCAUCUUAUUAGCCAGACUGAUGUUCAAUGUUAUUUUAAUGUUGCUAGAUAUGUUACAUGUUUACAUUUCUGAUGCAUUUUUCCCUCCCAUCAAGGAUGGACCUUACAUCCACUUCAAACGAUUGUUGGGAUAUAUAUGAAUCAAAAUAAAGUGAUAGAACUCUUGAGAAUUAAGCCAGUUGUUGCUGUAUUUGAGUGCAUCAUGGUAAUCUUUAUAUUUUUAUAUGUCUCCAGUCUAAUGUUGGUGCACCUCUGCAGCUUUUUUUUAUUCUUAAUGACUGUAUUGAGGGUGAAUGUAAAUGUUGGGUUGGGCUUCAACUGCAUCCUCACAGUUCCUUUUCCUCUGAUGUAUUUUAUGUAAACACUGUACAUUGAUGUAACUGUAAUAUGUAAUAUUAUAUGCAGCUUAAUUUCCUUUGCAUUGUAUUGUUUGAAUUUACCUAUAUCCCUAACCUGCAAGCCAGAAGGGGGAGGUGUACAAUAAUCCAGACUUUAAAAAAGUUUCUGAAAUUUUAAUGUAAUUUGUCACUUGUAUUGUAAAAUGGCUCAAAUUAAAGGUUUAUUAGGGGUUUUUAA